AUGGUGCUGCUGUCGGGGCAGGGCGAGCAGCUGCCCGGGGAGCGCGUCUGCCCCGCGCCCGCCGCCGCCAAGGAGAUGCCCGGCGCCCAGGCGGAGAGCAGCCCCGAGCAGGGGCCGGCCGCCGAGGAGCCGGACGGAGGGCAGGAAGAGGAGGAGGAGGAUUACGAGUACGAGGACUUCUCCGAGCUGCCCGACACCUGCAGCAUCGCUUCAGAUGACUCCUUCUACCCUCCUGGAGGGCUGGACGACGACGACGAGGACCUCUGGUCCCUGGAGGGGGACGGGCGCGACAGCCCCGAGGCGCUGAGCCUCUUCCGAGCCUGCUGCACCAACAACAGCAUCGUGCUGAAGGCGCUCAUCCGCCAAGGGCCCCAGGAGGAGGAGGUGCGGGAGGCAGACCGCAACCGCAGGAAUGGUCUUAUUGUUGCCUGUUACCAGGGUUAUGUGGAUAUUGUAAUAGCCUUAGCACAAUGCCCUCACCUUGACGUGAACUGGCAGGACAACGAAGGGAACACGGCUCUAAUUACAGCUGCACAGGCAGGGCACAUAACCAUUACAAACUAUUUGUUGAACUAUUUUCCUGGGCUUGAUAUUGAGAAGAGGAAUGCGUUUGGAUUCACAGCCCUGAUGAAAUCUGCAAUGCAGGGCCGAACGGAAUGUGUGAAAGCCUUGAUGAUGGCAGGAGCAAAUGUUCAUGCAACUGACCCAAGCCGUGGACUGACUUCAUGGGAAUGGGCUUGUUUCACAGGAAGAUCAGAGUCUGCCUUCGUCAUGCAGAAGCUGAUGGACAGGCCAUGCCCAGAACAGUUUUCUGAUCAAUAUAAACCAGAAUGGCCGAAAAUGAAGGAACUCCUUGCCAAGGCUGCAGAGCCAAAAAGCUGCUUGCAGAAGAUUUCUGAGUGCGUGAGGGCAGCCGUCUCCUUCCGCUCUUUCUACGGCCCAGAAGAGGACGGGGUCCUUGACCACAUGGUGAAGGUGACAACGAGCUUGGGCAGCCCCUUCGUGGCUCUGGCGUGCCGGACCGUGUGCCCAGGCAGCCCGCCCUGCGUGGGGAAACGCAGGCUGGCCGUGCAGGAAAUCCUUAGGAAGCAGAGAGCAGAGGAGAUGCGGUCGCAAGACAAAGACCACGUCAGCAGCUACGAGAAGCUCUUCCAGAACUCCAGAGUCACGGUGGUUGCCAGGAAGAAGGAGCGCCGAGCCAGCCUGCAGCCCAUCAGCGUUGCCAUGUCCCAGGUGAGCACAGUGGCCACCAGGAAAGCCAGCCUCCUGCCGCUCCACCUGCUCCGGCGCAGCAGCGUCCGGCCGGGCUUCGUCAUCCCCAAGGUCCGAGUCAGCAAGGCUCCCCCACCCACCUUCCAGCCAGAGAAGGCCCGAAGGAGGAGCAGCGCCAAGGACGACCCCUACCUGCAGAUCCCCAAAUGGAGGUACAAGGAGCUGAAAGAGGAGCGCAGGAAGGCCGAGGAGCAGGAGAAGAACAGAGCAGCAGAGGCUCAAAGGCCGAGGCAGGUGUCUCCUGCCCAGAGCAGGACCUGAUCCAAAGGCAGCUGCUGAGAGGGUUCUUGAGCCGCUAGUCUUGUUAUCCUAGAAGAUAACAGACGGAAUGCCUUCGUGCAUCCCACUACUCAUGGAGCUGGAAUACUGAGCCAUGGCCUCUAAGGAGCAGAAAUACUGCACGUCUGAUGGUGGAGCAGGAGCGUGUUUGGAGCUGGAAGAUUUAGUGGGUUUACCAGUCUAAGUGGUGCAGUCCUCUUGUGGAUUCCUGUUUUUCCAGCUCCUGGUGAAUGACUGUGAAACAGCUUGAAAAGCGUGUUUGAAAGGAUCAUAUUCUGCGUUUGUCCAUUUUGUAAUGGACAAAAUCAAGGAGUUGUGUU